UUGAAAAAGGAUUCAUUUCCUUCAGGUCUGGAGGAAAAGGUUGAGAGAGAAAGUAAGGAAGUUUUAUUGAAAACAAGGAAGUUUUAUUGAAAGCAACAGGAUGGGAGCUGAGAGUUUUGUGACAGUGACCACAGGGCAGCCAAACCUGGUCAAACAGGACCUCUCCACUUUGGACAUGAAAAAGCUGAGUCCAUUAUCCCCAGACGUGAUCAGUCGACAGGCGACCAUUAACAUUGGGACUAUUGGACAUGUGGCUCAUGGGAAAUCCACUGUGGUUAAGGCUAUCUCUGGGGUCCAGACUGUCCGAUUCAAAAAUGAACUGGAGAGGAAUAUCACCAUCAAACUUGGUUAUGCAAAUGCCAAGAUCUACAAGUGUGACAGUGAAUUGUGCCAGCGUCCCAUUUGCUACACAUCAGGAGGAUCAAGCAAGGAGGACUCAUUCCCAUGUUAUCGAAGCAAUUGCCCAGGGCGAUUCCGAGUUCAGCGACAUGUGUCCUUUGUUGACUGCCCCGGUCAUGACAUUCUCAUGGCAACCAUGUUGAAUGGGGCUGCUGUCAUGGAUGCUGCUCUCCUUCUUAUUGCGGGGAAUGAGUCAUGUCCGCAGCCACAGACUUCAGAACACUUGGCUGCCAUUGAGAUAAUGAAACUCAAGCACAUCAUCAUCCUCCAGAACAAGAUUGACCUUGUGAAGGAGAGUCAGGCGAACGAACAGCAUGAGCAGAUUCUCAAAUUUGUCCAAGGGACUGUGGCCGAGGGGGCUCCUGUGAUCCCGAUUUCAGCCCAGCUCAAAUACAACAUAGAAGUGUUGUGCGAGUACAUCUGCAAGAAGAUCCCUGUCCCACGUAGGGACUUCACCUCCCAGCCCCGGCUCAUUGUGAUCCGGUCAUUUGAUGUGAACAAGCCAGGUUCAGAGGUGGAUGAAUUGAAGGGAGGAGUUGCUGGUGGAAGCAUUCUCCGUGGUGUCCUUCAGGUUGGGAUGGAGAUAGAGGUGCGACCAGGGAUUGUGGCCAAGGAUUCUGAGGGUCACCUGUCGUGUCGACCAAUUCGGUCCCGCAUUGUGUCACUGUUUGCUGAGCAGAAUGAGUUGGUGUAUGCAGUCCCUGGAGGGUUGAUUGGAGUUGGGACCAAGAUUGACCCAACCCUCUGUCGUGCAGAUCGUCUUGUUGGUCAGGUCUUAGGGGCUAUUGGGGCACUCCCUGACAUCUUCACUGAAUUGGAAAUCUCCUAUUUUCUUCUGCGACGACUGCUUGGUGUCCGCACAGAGGGCGACAAAAAGGCAGCCAAGGUGGCAAAGCUGGCAAAGAACGAGGUUCUGAUGGUGAACAUAGGAUCCCUAUCGACAGGUGGCCGAGUCCUGGCAGUGAAAGCUGAUCUGGCCAAGAUUGCCCUUACCACUCCUGUUUGUACUGAAGUUGGCGAGAAGAUUGCCCUCUCCCGUCGUGUUGACAAAUGCUGGCGGGUCCGCCAAAAGUAG